CUGCGUGAGCCGCCGCUCGCUUGACGGGGACUGCGGUUGUGACCGACCAAGUGAACGGGCAGACGCCGAAAUAAAAACCACUAGAAAUGAUGUGCGAAGUGAUGCCAACGAUAAACGAGGACACCCCGAUGAGUCAACGGGGGUCCCAAAGCAGCGGCUCGGACUCAGAUUCUCACUUUGAGCAGCUGAUGGUGAACAUGCUGGAUGAAAGGGACCGUCUCCUUGACACUCUUCGGGAGACGCAGGAAAGCCUGUCACUUGCACAGCAACGCCUACAGGAUGUCAUCUACGACAGAGACUCCCUGCAGCGACAGCUCAACUCAGCCCUGCCUCAGAUGACGGUUGCUGCUGGUACGAGCAUUGAGAAUAACAUUCAAAGGACCAUAUCCUGCCCCAAUGUAUGUUCUACGUAUCUUGGAUUUUUGUUUGCCAUCGUGGGGCCAGCAGAUCCCCCUGUGCAGCUCAGUAUUCCUUCCUCUGCUCCAAGAGGCGGAGGUAGCAAACUAGCAGAGCUGCUGUCUUGCCAACCAGGCCAAGUGCCCUAA